UUAACUGCUUCACAGACUUCCACGUAUCCCUGAAACCAGGAAGCAAGAAUGAAUAAACCAAACAGACUCUGUAAACUCUCCCCGCCUGUCACCUGCGUGCUCUCCAAUAACCCUCACUGAACCGCAUUCAUCAGCAUGGCUCUCAACAUGGGUCAGAAGAUCUUGGUGACAGGAGGAGGUGGAUACAUUGGCAGCCACUGUGUUGUGGAGCUCAUUGAGGCUGGUUAUCACCCUGUGGUCAUCGAUAAUUUCAGUAAUGCUGUCAGAGGAGAGGGUGAUGUUCCAGAGAGCUUGCGGAGGAUAGAGACGUUUCUGAACACUCAGAUUGAGUUCCAUGAGCUGGACCUUCUGGAUAAACCUGGACUGGAGAAAAUAUUUAAAAAGCACUCCUUCUAUGCAGUGAUGCACUUUGCAGGACUGAAAGCUGUGGGUGAAUCAGUAGAACAGCCUUUAAGAUACUACAGAGUCAAUCUCACAGGAACCAUCAAUCUGCUGGAGGUGAUGCAGUCUCAUGGGGUGCGUAAUCUGGUAUUCAGCAGUUCUGCCACCGUCUACGGAGACCCACAGAAACUCCCCAUUGAUGAGCAGCAUCCAGUGGGUGGCUGCACAAACCCCUAUGGCAAGACCAAGUAUUUCAUUGAGGAAAUGAUCAGAGACCAGUGCACAGCAGAUAAGGACUGGAAUGCUGUGCUACUCAGGUACUUCAAUCCCAUUGGUGCUCACAUCUCAGGACAGAUUGGUGAAGAUCCUCAGGGAAUCCCAAACAACCUUCUGCCUUAUGUUGCCCAGGUUGCUGUUGGAAGACGAAAACAUCUGAAUGUGUUUGGAAAUGACUACAGCACACCUGAUGGGACUGGUGUGAGAGACUACAUCCAUGUUGUUGACUUAGCAAAGGGGCACAUUGCUGCCAUCAGGAAACUGACGGACAGCUGUGGGUGUAAAGUUUAUAACCUUGGCACAGGUACAGGUUACUCGGUGCUACAGAUGGUGAAUGCCAUGGAAAAAGCUUCAGGUCGAAAGAUUGCCUAUCAGAUUGCCCCUCGGCGGAGUGGGGAUGUGGCCUCCUGCUAUGGAGAUCCAACUCUUGCGGAGAAAGAACUGGGCUGGAAGGCUGAAUAUGGCCUGGAGAGGAUGUGUGAGGAUCUAUGGCGUUGGCAAUCCCAGAAUCCCACGGGAUUCAGUAAUGGAGCACUGCAUUGAAGCUGGAUGAAUGCAGACUGUUUCUUACAAAAAUAAGGGAAUUGCACUCAUAGCAAAAAACAAAGCCAAACUGGGAUUAUGGUGUCUUUCAUUUGUAAUAAUUAUAUGUAAAAUCAUUAUAUUACAAGAAGCCUGAAUCUAAACAAAUGAUUCAAUCUAAUUCAGCAUCUGUCUCUCUCUUUUUAAUGUCAUCUCACUUGUAUUAAAGUACAUUGAUCUAAUAUAGAAUUAUUUAUACUUCCUUGUCAGUGUUGACAUAAUAAAAAUGAUUUCAUA